GUUAGCUAACAUUAGCAUUUGACUUAUAGCUAAUAUGGGCUAUGAAGGGUUCAUAGCAUUCAUAUCUGAUAUCUUCAAACUCAGAAUUAUGCUUGCUAAAAGCAUUUUUAACAUGAAACUAUUUUUGUGUGUGUCUUGCUUUAUUGUUGUGUCUACUAAAGGCUGAAGAAGAGGGACACAUAUUGAGAUAUUCAGCACUGUGUUCUUUUUUCACCGGCUACGUUGUCUGUGAAAAAUUCAGUGUUGUCAUAUUAUUGUAAUGCUUCCCCCUCUGUUACUGUAAAUGACCUUUUCAGAGUCAACAUAUCUUUAAUACUCUUUCAGUGUAUUUAAUGCUUGCCUUCUUGGCCUCCUCUCUCCUCCUCUCCUGUCUUGUGUUCAUGUCCAGACCAUGUCUAAGAUGCAGAGACACCAGCAGGAGGCGCUGUGGGAGUUUGUCCACACCGAGCUCACCUACAUCAACAAGCUACUUAUCAUCAGAGACCUGGUUAUUGCAGCUCUUGUCAACCUGCGCCAGCGUGGAUUUCUCCUUGGGAUGACCCCUGAGAUGCUUUUCUCUAGCCUUCCCUCCAUCAUCAUCGCACACCAGCUCUUCUGGCAGGAGGUGAUUUAUCCCAUGUUACAGGAGGUCCGGACUACAGGAAAACCCUUUGACCCCGUGAUGUUAGAGGAUGGUUGCCUGCAGUUCCAUGAGCGUUUCUCCUCCUAUCAGCAUUACUGCUGGGAAGAGGAAAACAACCAGGAGUUCACACGCAGGCAGAUGGAGAGCAACCCUCACUUUCUCACUUACGUACAGUGGGUGGAGACUCACCCUCAGUGUGAUCGAAUGCGGCUCGGUGACAUGCAGGCCAAACCCCAUCAGAGGAUCACAAAGUACCCUCUACUGCUAAAGGCUAUGCUGAAAACAACCCAGGACUCUGAAGUGCAGCACAGACUCAGAGGCAUGUUAUCAUGUUUAAACAGUUUUCUGGAAAGCAUCAACGACUACCUGAGGCUAAAGGAUGAGGAACUCGCUCUUGCCAUCUCAGCACGGAGGGUGGAGGGAUAUGAGGUGGAGGGAAUAAAUGAAGAAAUAGACAAGCUGGUCCGUGAGAUCUCCCAGUUUGACCUGACCUGCCCCAUCAGAGGAGUUGGUCCUGAAGUUGUUCGUAAGCUGCUGCUGGAGGAGAACUUAAAGAUUCGAGGGAGGAAAGACAGCAAGCUGGAGGUAGUGGCUCUGCUCUUCUCAGAUGUCCUUCUGAUGACCAAAGUCCAGAAGAAAGGAGAGCGGCUAAAGGUAGUUCGACCUCCUCUGGCCCUCGACAGAACGUACUGCAUACCAUUAAAAGAUGGCUGCUCAUUUGUUCUUGUGGAGGUAGGUGAGCUCCAGAGUGCUAUGAAUGUCUACAUUUUGGCAGCCAGCACCUCAGAGAGCUGUUCCAAAUGGGUCAUCACCACCCAACAGGCAAAGGAAAAACUGCACGACCUGAGAGAGACGGAGCGCAUCAGACAACUGCAAAAGUGGAAAAUCCAACACCUGGGGGCCAAACCUGUUACAGAUGCUAAAAUAGACUAUUUGGAGACGGAUGAACAAGCUGUUACACGAUCAAGGGGAGAGACUUUUGUUGAUGAACUUACCGAGGAUCUUAUUAUGCCUCAAUCAAUCAAUGGUAUGUUGGCAGCUAGACAUGCUGAGGAACAGUAUGAACCUACAGGUGAUUUGGCCCCCAACAACACUGGUUUACGUCUUUUGCAAUCCAAGCUCUAUGACAACAACCGCACAUUGUCUCAUCACGGCUUUGCUCGUCAACAGCACCCAGUCCAGGGAUAUGAGUGGAUAGAAAUGGGAGUGAGAGGAGAACGAUUUGGGAUGAAUCCAGGGGAAAAGGGAAAAAUUGUUGAGUCUACAAUAACAAAGGGGGGAAGAGUGGUUGGCUUAAACCACAAGGUGCAAUCUGCUCCAAAUCUGGAUUACUUCCAUCAAAAUACUGCAGGUAACCUGUCAAGACACAACACAGUUGGACCACAUGCUCUCUUACUAGGUGAAUAUCCAGAUAUUGACUACCCGAUGGAUGAAGAAACUUCUUCACAAUCUUCUUACCAAGCCACAACUGCCAGGGAAGGGCUUGAGGUUUUAAGACAACCAGGAGAAGGAGGGAUAUCAACAAGGAGAGAAUCAGAUUCCCAGUUUGUGGAGCAGGACACAAGGAGGAAUACUGACUUCAGCCAGCCUGGGGAUUUAGAUGUACCUCCAGAGAUGUGGGGUUUCUCGAAGAAUUUGAAGUCACCUGGUUUACGGAGAAGGAGACCAGCCAGCGCCCAUCAGGGUUUCUCCAUGGCGAUGUCUGGACAGUUCUUUCAGGACCCAUCAAACAACUUUUCCCUCCCCAGCUCUGACACUGAAUACAAUCCAAAUAAUAAGAGAAACUCUCUUCCUUCUGGCCAUAGCUCAGGUACACUCAAAGUGCUGAAGCUGAGCUCCCUGAAGCCAAACCAGGGGAUGUUUUGGGACUUGCAUGAUAGAGUCUCUCCAGACCCACAAACAAUGUCUGAAUCUGAACUGCCUGAUGUUUACUAUUACAGCAAAAGGCCCCUAAUGAAAACCAAAAGGAGUGCCUCCAAUCCUAACAUCAUCAUCCAAGGAGACCAUGGACUUAGCCGGCACUCCAGUAGCCUAUACGCACUUCCCCUUGCAGAGGAUACAGGACACAAUCAAAACGGAAACGUCUCACCCCUGGACGGUCUUCUGGAAAGAGCCAAAGAGAGAGGGAAGGAAAGAGACGGAUUAAGAAGAAACAGAUAUUUGAAAGUGCCUAAUAUGAGAUCGAGGCAUCGUCCUAUUUCUCCUUCAUUUUCCACCACACCAUCACCACCACCCAGUGAUGGAGACAGAGACCCAGAGUGGGAGGAGGAGGUGGAGCUGAUGAGACACAGAGCCCUGACAGUGAGUCAAGGAUGGAGGGAGCAACUGGUGGAUGGGGAUGAAGAUGACAGGAGGGACAGUGUUGUCUUUAUGGACGGUGUAAACGUGGACUGGUCGGGUUGGUGCUUCGAUGACGAUGAAGUCUUGGAUCAUUUACAGCCUGGAGUCGAGGGGCUUCUGGAGGGCAUCAGCCGAUCUUUGGCCUUGAGGGAUCUCCCAAGAGUUUCAGAGCAAGAUGAUGGGGAGGUCAGCCAAGUGUAGCUUUGAGACUUGACUACAAAGUCCUGUAGCCACUGAGUGGAUCAGGAACUAGACUUCCCGCCAGUUACUUAAAAUUCAGUCUGUGUAUGUAAACCACAGAGAGGAAGAGGAACAAGGACAGAGGGUUUUCUUUUUAAUGAAGUUCUGAAGAACUCGAAAAAGACAAAUGCUAAGUCUUCAGUCUGGAUAUAUGAACAUUUUUCAUUUGUGUUAAAUAAUGACAUAUAUAUUUUUUAUAACAAUAUUUAAAUAUGUAGCAGUAAUAUUUUGUGUAAAUACAAUAAAAAGUAUUUUUU